CCCUCUAUAUAUACUGAUGAGUGCUUGCGGCGUGCUGUGCAAGCCAAACUCCAUUAAAAUUCCCCCGCGGCGAGGCGAGGACAGGACCGCGAGGCGGAGGAGGAAGCCAGUACGCACCCGCACGCGUGGUCGCCGGAGAAGAAGGCUAGCAAUUCAUCGGAGGUGGACGCAUGUGGGCGGGCGGCCAUGGCGCUGCUCUGCUUCCUGUUGGACCUGCGCAACAUCCCCCCUCCCCUCCUCCAGCGCCUCAAGCAGUGCCUGCUCCACCUUGCCAACCUCUACGCCGCCACAACGUCACCGCCCCACCCCGCGUCCGCAGCCGCCGCGGCCGCGCUCCCCGACCGCCUCGCCCUCAGCUACGUCCACCGCGCCACCUCCUCCAAGUCCUCAUCCUCUUCCUCGUCUUCCUCUUCACCUGAGCUAAAGAUUGGGUAUAGGCCUGGUGAGAAAUUCAGCCUUCGUGAUUUCCACCACGCCGUAAAUAAUAUACCCCUGGAUGGCUUUCUUCCUGAGCAACAUGGUGGGGCUCUGCAUACUGGAGAUGUAUCACUGACAAACCUUUUUAGCAAUAGAGCCAUCUAUUCUUGGGCAGCUGAUGACAUCUCCAAGAAAGUUAUUGCUAUAUGUAUGUCUGCACGAAACACAGAAUCUCUCCGAAGAUCUCUUAUGGAUGCAGCAGAACAGUGUAUCACAGUGGAGUUUGUAAUGUUGGAAACAGAAGCUGCAUUCAUGUAUGACAACGUUUCUGAAAAUGACAAUGCUUUCAUACACAGAAUUUGUGAUCUUGAAAACUGUGUCGUGCGGAGAUACAAUCCUGAGAUUCAAGUUUUGCAUGGGCUAGUCAAGAGGUGGUUAGAAGAGCUAAAGGAUGACAAGGAAGAUUCUCUGCAAGCUGUAUUUGUGUUCAGAGAUCCGAUUAUCAAUUCAGUUAAACAAAUAUAUUGCAACCUAUAUGCAUCAGCGAACCAGAUAAUUGAUGAUUUUCCAUCUUGUCAGACAUGCAAGUGCCAUGGUCAUCCUAUCGACCUUGUCGCCACGAAUAAUGCAAAAUGGAUGUGCCCAAUAACUAGCCGACAGCUUGUGGCAUCUGAUGUUACUGUUACAGCUGUGAGGAUUGGAGAACAAACAGUGUUGUAUCUGCCUACUUCAGAAGGCUGUUCAAACUUGCGGCGAGUCUCUACUACCAUUUCUUUUGAUGUGAUCAAGCGCACUGAAUUAGCCUCACUGAAUGAAGGAGUCAUAAUGGGGACGCCUCAUGUUGUGAUCCCCAGUUCAAAUGAUGUUGAAGUUUCUCUAACUGAUGAGAGCUCAGAUCAGAACACCCAAAUUUUCUAUGGUCUAUGUCAAACUCUUUUCAAGCUUGAUCAGGGACUGGUAUGCUCCUCAUCAUGUAAUACUGAAACGAUGAAAAUUGGAAGUCUUCAAUGUUACUAUCUUGUUCAACCAUCUGAGAAGGGACCGAUGCUUCUGAGGAGGCUUGCUGGAUCUGAAGAGAUAUUGCCUCUUCCAGGAGUGAGUCGAGAUUGCAAUUCCACUGUUACCAAGGAAAUCAAGGAUUCAAUUGAAAUGUCCUUAUCUAAGAUCGAGCUAAAAGAUUACAACCCUCUGCAACAUGAAAGAGGCUUUCAUUCGAAACUGAAUUGCCUGGUGAAGGACAGCCUGCAAUUUGGAUCAAUUGCUUCCCCCUGUGGCUUGAAGGAUCCUCACCACCUUGAUUCGUUCAGUGAACCACAGCCACAGGUAUCAACUUAUCAGGGCCUCGAGGAAAGCAAGUUCCUAAACCAACCAGAGAAGGCUGGACGUGUCAAUGGCCAUAUCCUUUCAUUCAGCGAGCCACAAGCAUCAUCAUUCCAAGUUCCAAAGGAGAACAAGCUGUCGAGCCAGUCCAACAAGGGGAAGGCCUCCCCCAGCAUCAGUGAAGAGUGGGAAAAGCUCAUCAUCAUCGACGACCUCAACGACGACCUCGCCACCCCUGCCGCUCCCAGGCCUGCUGCUGCCAAGCCUCAGCGCGCCAAGCCGCCGACUCCGGUGAAACCGCUGGACGAGAAGACCUCACGGAUUCUGGAGAGGCUGGAGGCCCCCAGGGCGAAGAAGCAGAGGGCUAACGCUAGCAACAAAGCCAGCACCAGCGCAGCACCGGCACCCGCACCCAGCCGUGUUGCUAAUACACAGACCAAGAAGCCGCCGCUGCCAUUUGAGCCGAGCGCAAGCCAGCCGCUGAGACCUACCUUCAACAAGAUACGUAGAAAGCUCCCUACCUGACCUGACGUGACCUAACCUAGGCGCAUGCUCAUGCUUAGCUCCAGCUAAUUGUGCAGAUUAAGAGCAAAAUUUUGCACCAGGAUUGUGAAUACAUCUCGGGAGAUAGUGCAAGUGCAGCCCAAAGAGUAUGAUGAAAACCCAAGCA